GAGAGAGAGAGAGAAAGAGACCGGCUGGGGGAAGAAGUGGAAGAGGCUCUGGGAAGAUGAAUUGCUGACCUGGGCCCUUUCCUGCUUUUAAUCAUUCAGCGCCCCCUUUUCUCAAAAUGACGAAAAUUCCUGGGGAUUUCCAGCCGGAUCUGGAGAGGAGCCUUCCAGCCAUUGCCUCCAUGAGCCAGAGCCACGUCUUCUCUCCACGUUCCCUUCUGCCACGAGAACAGCGGCGGGCGAUAUCCGACGUGCGCCGAACUUUUUGUCUGUUUGUCACUUUUGACCUGCUUUUUAUCUCCCUGCUUUGGAUCAUUGAACUGAAUACUAAUAAUGGCAUUGAGAAGAACUUGGAGGAGGAGAUCUUGUAUUAUGAUUUUAAAAACUCCUUUUUUGAUAUAUUUCUUCUCGCAGUGUUCCGUUUCUCCGUCCUCAUCCUCGCUUACGCCAUAGUGCGCCUUCGUCACUGGUGGGCCAUUGCGAUCACCACCCUUGUGACCAGUGCAUUUCUCAUUGUGAAGGUUAUUCAGUCUGGACUCCUGUCAAAGGGGGCAUUUGGCUAUGUGUUGCCAAUAGUGUCCUUUGUGUUGGCCUGGCUGGAGACCUGGUUCCUUGACUUCAAGGUCCUGACUCAGGAGGCGGAGGAGGAGAGAUGGUAUAUUGCUGCUCAAGCUGCGGCUACCCAUCCCUCUCUUCUAUACAAUGGAGCGCUCUCAGAUGGACAGUUCUACUCUCCUCCAGAGUCAUUUGCAGGGUCAGAUAAUGAAUUUGAUGAUGAAGAGGAAGCAGCCGGGAGGAAGGCAGUAACACCACAGGAGCGGGAGUAUGUUCGACAGGGAAAAGAGGCCUUGCUGGUUAUUGAGCAGAUCCUGAGCCAAGAGGCUAACUGGAAAUUCGAGAAGAGCAGUGAUGCUGGAGAUGUGGUGUAUUCAUUAGAGGUUCCUUUCCACGGAAAGACUUUUAUCCUGAAGACUCUAAUGCAGUGCCCUGCGGAAACUGUGUACCAGGAGGUCAUCCUGCAGCCCGAAAAGAUGGUUUUAUGGAAUAGGACGGUGGCUCUGUGUCAGGUCUUGCAGCGAAUAGAUGAUAACACACUCGUAUCCUAUGAUGUAGCAGCAGGAGCAGCUGGUGGCAUGGUAUCACCCAGGGAUUUUGUUAAUGUCCGACGUAUUGAGAGAAGGAAGGAUCGAUACAUUUCUGCUGGAAUCUCCACCACACACAUUUCCAGACCUCCACUCACAAAAUAUGUUCGAGGAGAAAAUGGCCCAGGAGGAUUUCUAGUACUUAAGUACCCCAAGAAUCCUUCUAUGUGCACCUUCAUUUGGGUCCUCAACACAGAUCUGAAGGGUCGCUUACCUCGCUCCCUAAUCCACCAGAGUCUGGGCGCCACAAUGUUUGAGUUCUGCAGUCACCUCCGGAAAAGAAUCCGGGAUGUUCACGGUGAAACAUCUUAACAAAUCAGAGGCCUUAACCUGCUCUGUGUGCUGUCCACAAGCCAAGGCGCUGAUCCGAGGCUGCUGACUGCAACUAAUCCUUCAUUUCAAUUAACAGAAGGGCGGAACAGUCCGUGUUCCCUUUCCACCUUCUACUCCAUCCAUUACGGAACAGUUACUUUAUUGGCUUCUUUCUCUCUCUGCCUCCCUGGAAGCUGGGAGUGUCGACUCUCUAGUGCCUAAAUGAGGAAUGGCCAGAAGUCAGGUUAAUGAUGUUUGGUGAUGAAGGUCUUACAUUCCUCUCCGUGGUUAAAGAAGUUGGGUGACCGUCCAAUCAUAGUGCUGCGAAUGCCUUCAAGGCAGAGUGUGAGUGGCGUUUCACAGCUGCCAAUCAAACUGUUUCAUUAUAAUGACUAUAGAUUCCCGGGGGAGGUUUUGAGGUCCGUCCACCCUGGCGGUGUAAGAAGGUUUAGAGACUCUAUAAAUGAUUAGGAAAGAAUUGUUGAAGGCAUUUUAUGUGCUCUGUAUUAUGCACCGAACUGGAUCAAACAGGGCAGGUGGGUGCACGAGUAGGUUAAAAGGGGGGAGAUUUAGGGUGGCAGCAUGUUCACUGAAGGUUUCUGUAUAACCUGGUUUUAGAACGCAGGCAUUACAUUAAUGCACCUGGCUUUGUGGCACUAACACAAGCCCCGAAAUCGUUUAAAUCCACUUUUGUGUUGUUUGUUGUCUAAUUUGGGUGGGUGGGAUUUAUUAUUUUAAGGACUGGCCUCUCUGCUCCUGCCACCUCACCCUCCUUUUAUCUUAAAUAUGUCGCUCUACGGCUGCUCAAUUGCACCUCCUGCCAUCUUAUUGGCGUCUCAUUGGCGUCUCAUUGACAUCUUAACGGCUGCUUUGGGAGUCGCAUUUCAGUAACAGCCGGCGCCGUUCCCUCUUUCUCUUCAGUGUUCCACGAGAGUUGCACAAUUGCACCUUCUCUCCUUUUGUCUGGACUUACAAAAGGUGCCACACUCACUGCCCUUGACUUUGCUAGUGUCACAUAACACUCUGUUUUUGUUUUUCGUUUAUUAUUUGUUUUUCUAACCGGAGAAUGAAGACAAUAUUUGCAAAAAAAAAAAAAAA